UUUCCUUUCUUUUCUACACACCUUUUCGAUUCACUCGCUCAUCUAUAAGGGACGUUCACAUAAGCUCGCUUUGCCGUGCAACAUGUACACUCGGGCUUUCAUCACGCUGGCUCUUGCGGGACUGGCUACUGCUGGCCCGGUUGAGAAGCGCCAGACACAAACCACAUCGAAGGAGUUCUCUCAAGGUGGUUGUAGGCAGGUCUUGUUCGCGUGGGCACGUGGAUCCACUGAGGCUGGGAACAUGGGAACCAUCGCCGGCCCUCCCACCUCCGACGGCAUCAAAGCCCAAUUCGGCGCCGACAACGUCGCAACCGAAGGCAUCGACUACGCCGCGGCCCUCGCGCCCAACGCCCUGCCCGGCGGCACCGACCAACAGAGCGCGCAGCUCAUGGCCUCCACGCUCAACGCCAUGGCCUCGCAAUGCCCCGACAGCGUCAUCGUCGCCGGAGGCUACUCGCAAGGCGCAGCCGUCAACCAUCGCGCAAUCGAGUCGCUCGACCCCGCGGUGCAGGCCCGCAUCGCCGGCGUCGUGCUCUACGGCGACACGCAGAAGCAGCAGGAUAACAGCCAGAUCCCGGGGUUCCCGCAGGAAAAGACCAUGAUUAUCUGUCAGCCGGGGGAUCUGGUGUGUAGGGGGUCGCUGACGAUUUUGCCGGCGCAUUUGACGUAUGGCCAGAGGGCGGAUGAGGGCGUGGAGUUCUUGAAUGGGCAGAUUCAGGGCGCGAUGGCGACGAUUAAGGCGAGGAAUAUCAAGAGAGAGGCUAAAAGGAAGAUGCGGGUGCUGAAGCGGCCGGUGGGGAUGGUUGCUUAGGGGAAGAGGCUUGAGGGUGUAAAGUGGGCUCGAGGCGUUUGGGUUUGGGGGGAGCAUAUGAGUCUCCUUGAGGGUAGUUUUUGGUUUCUGUUCAUACCUAAAGUUUGCAUCUUCGUAUACAUGGCUGAGUAGUGCUUCAAUUUUUAAUUCGGCUGGUUCGACCUUC